GUGGGGUGCCCGUGUCUCCAUGCUGCACUCGGCCUCCCCCAACCAGCACGGCGCCGGUGUCCGCUGCCUGUACGACAGCCAGAGCCAGCUGAUCGAGGGGCGGCAGGAGAGAUACUGGAGGCCCUCCAGGCAGGCGUCACCCUACCGUGACCAGGAGCUGAAGCUGUAUGACUGGUGCUGUAAUCGGGCAGGCAGUGCCCACCUCUGCGCCCGCUACAGUGAGAAGAGGCCCAAGAUCGGCUGUGAUGGAUACCAGUCACCCAGCAUGGAUUCCUCGGAGGAGGCAGAGAAUGACUCAGAUGAGCAGAGAGAUGGAGAGGACAAGUAACUGGGAGGUUUCACACCCGCAGCACAUUCUGGGCCAUGACUGAUUCUCCAAGCCCUUUGAUCUGCUCUUCCCUAUGUCCCCCCACAGAGCCCAUCACCCCUGCCCACCACGCAGGGCAGCUCACCUGGCCAGUGCCUGCAGUUGCCUGCCCUGGCACAAGUUCACAUUUCUAACCCAGACUUGUCCCAAGGAUUCAGUUGCUUUAGUUGCCCUUUCCGAGAUGCAGCUGGGGGGCAGAACUGGUGGGGAGGUGGGCAGGUACCCCCUACUACACAAACCACCCUUGUCCUUCCCACUUCCCACUGUGCUCCAUGCUGCAGGGUGAGGCUGGACCCCUGGCACCAGGGAAAGGGAUAAACACCACGCAUGGGUUGACUGGGGCCAAGCCCUUAAAUACCAGGGUGCACCAGGCUUGUCCUGUGAGCCUGUCCUGUCUUGUCCCCCACUUCUGUUUCCCAGCCCUCCCUCCCUGAGUGGUGCCUGGGCCCUGUGCUCAGGAGAAGGGACAAUUCUCCAGAUCAAGCCAGAAUCAGAUCAAUAUGUCUGCUGGGUGUGUGAGGGCAAAAUGCAACCCCAUGAUUAGAAAUGCUGGAAGAAAAAUAAUUUUUUUGUGUGUGUAAGAGAGCAUCUUCCUUUCUUAAAAAAAAUAAAUCAUUGUCAAAUCUUGUUUGUUCAAUAA